AACAAAAGUAAAUAACAACAAAAAAAAAGUGCUACGGCAAUGAAAGACUCAAUGAGCAUUUUAACCCAAACGCUGCCAACAACAACUGCGAACAGCAUCGAGCCGUCGCCACUUGCGCAUCAUCAUCACCAGCUGUUGAGCCAACAUCAUCAUCAUCAUCAUCAGCAGCAGUAUCUUCAGCUUCACCAGCAGCAACAGCAUCAGCAAUCACAUUACACACAGUUGCCACAGCCGCCGGCGGUCAACAUGUCCACAUCGAACUUAAAGCCAAAUCGAUCGCGUUUCAUGAUCAACGAUAUUCUAGCGGGCAGUGCAGCUGCCGCCAGUGCUGCUGCCUUCUACAAGCAGCAGCAGCAACAUCACAACAACAACAACAACAACACUACAACGAACAACAACAACAACACUCUAAGCAACAACAACAACAACAACAGCGGAAGCAGCGAACAUUUGGACACGGAUUCAGCGGCCGCUUCAUCACCGCCGCCUUCGUUGGGUUUGGCACCGCCACCGCCGCCACAGCAUCAAUCACCGCAUAGUCACGCCCACGCCCACGCCCAUUUGCAUGGCCACGCCCACGCCCAUCAGCAUCCACAUCCGCAUCCGCAUCCAUUGGCAUCGCAUCCGCAUCAUGCACAGCAUUCGCAUCCGUCGCAUGUCGCGAAACUUUCGCACUUUGGUGGCGCCACCACGCAAAUGGGUUCAAACGGUCUCAAUGUGGCACAAUAUGCGGCGGCCAUGCAACAGCAUUAUGCCGCUGCCGCCGCUGCUGCCGCUGCACGCAACAAUGCUGCAGUCGCCGCUGCUGCUGCGGCAGCUGCUGCCGCUGGAGUCGGAGUUGGAGUCGGAGUUGGAGGUGGAAGUGAAGGUGCAACGCCAUCGGCUGCGGAGCUGGAUGAUAGCAGCGAUUAUCAUGAGGAGAACGAGGAUUGCGACAGCGAUGAGGCGGGGGGCAGCGCCGGCGGCGGCGGCAGCGGACACAUGGAUAAUCACAGCGUUUGUAGUAAUGGUGCCAAAGACGAUGAUGGCAACAGCAUCAAGAGCGGUUCAACCAGCGACAUGAGCGGUCUCAGCAAGAAGCAGCGCAAGGCGCGCACCGCUUUCACCGAUCAUCAGCUGCAGACGCUGGAGAAAUCCUUUGAGAGGCAGAAAUAUCUCAGCGUUCAGGAGCGUCAAGAGUUAGCGCAUAAGCUGGACUUGAGCGACUGCCAAGUGAAGACCUGGUAUCAAAAUCGCAGAACCAAGUGGAAGCGUCAGACUGCCGUUGGCUUGGAGCUGCUCGCCGAGGCCGGCAACUUUGCAGCGUUUCAGCGUUUGUACGGAGGCUCGCCGUACCUGGGCGCCUGGCCAUAUGCGGCAGCAGCGGGCGCUGGAGCCGCCGCUGCAGCAGCGCAUGGAGCGCCGCCGCACUCAAGCAUUGAUAUUUAUUAUCGUCAGGCGGCAGCAGCGGCUGCGAUGCAAAAGCCGCUGCCCUACAAUCUGUAUGCGGGCGUGCCCAGUGUGGGCGUUGGACCGCUGGGCGCAGCAGCCACGCCCUUCUCGCAUCUAUCCGCCUCCAGUUCGUUGUCGUCCCUCAGCAGCUACUAUCAAAGUGCAGCGGCCGCCGCAGCUGCAGCAAAUGGUGGCGCAUCAGCGGCUGGUGGCGCCGCUUCAGCACCGCCAACAUCAGCAGCAGCUGGAGGAGGAGGAGGUGCAGGAGGAGGAGGAGGAGGGGGACACAUACACAAGCCGCUGGCAUUGGCUGGCGGAUCGCCAGGACAGGCGUUGGGCUGCAGCGCCUCAGCGGGCGCAUCGCCAGCGCAUCCGCCGUCGACGCCGAGUCCGACGCUGAAUCCGGGAAGUCCGCCCGGGCGAUCGGUGGACAGUGGUUCACAGGCGCAGUCCGACGAUGAGGAUCAGCUGCAGGUUUGAGGCGUAGGAAAACGCAGCGGAAAAUUACACAGCAAAUUCAGCAGCGUAGGAAAACAUAGCGGAAAAUAGCACAGCGAAUUCAGCAACGUUGUUAAACAAAUGAAAUGAAGUGGGCAGAAAAAUUGGUGUAAGAGAGAGAGAAAUAGAGAGAGAGAGAGAGUUUAUAAGUGAGUGUAUGAGGAAGUGCGUGAGUGUGUGUGUGUGAGUGAGUAUGAGUGUAUGUGUGCGUGUGUGUGUGUGCUAGUGUUGUAUUAUAUUGUAUUUGCGUGCGUGUUGCUAUUUAUUUCGUUUUGCUUUUAGUAAUUUAUUAAAACAAAGAAAUUCAAUAAAUUUAACCACAACAACAAUUAUUAAACGCGUAAAUAGAAUAAGACAUAUAAAUACAUAUUUUUUUUUGGCCCCAGGUUAGGUUGUAGGCUAUAAAAAUACAAUUAAUUCGUAUAUAUAUUAUGCAUACAAAAAUAAUUUAUUUAAAUGUUGUAAAGAAACAAAAGAGAUGCGCAGCCAAAACAAAUAAAUUUAAACGACACUAAGAAAACAAAAAAAAAAAAAAAAACAUGUGCAUAAGUUAAGACACAUACAGAAUACACUUAACAAUUAAAUAGAUAUUGCAUUUUAAUUUUUUUUUUAUUAUUAUUUAAAGAGUUUUUUUUUUUGUAAUAUUAGUGUAAAC